GUCUCCUCCACUGCACCCUCUCCCCUCUGACGAACACCUGAGGCGUGGACGUCGAGGACGCAUGACCAGAGAGAGGGUGCCGGUUCGAUUCCCGAGCGGAGAGGGACGGAAAAGUUGAGGAUCGUGCGCCCCCCCGCUUCAUGAAUGGCCCGACCAUGGAGGAAAUACCAUUUGAAAGAGUUAAGACCCGGCGGAGGAAGGGUCACUGCCCGCCCAUCGCCUGCGAGGACGAGUUCAACAGCCAGGAGCUGGAGGCUCUGUUCCAGACCUACAACCUGAAGCUGGAGCAGACCGCCACCCUGAAAGCGCUGGCGGUGCUGAUCGUGGCCGCGUCGUCCCUCUCCCUGAUGGAGCUGCUGUCCAGUCCGCGCCUCACCUUGUCCAAGGGCUCGUACCCGGUGCACUGCGUGGUGUUCCUGUCGCUCUUCAUCGUAACCAACGUCAAAUACCUGCAGGUGACGCAGCUGCAGCAAAUCGCCAAGCUGGCGCUGCUCUUCAGCUUCACCUUUGCGCUGCUCUGCUGCCCGUUCCCGCUGGCGCUCGGCGCGUCCGAGCUGGAGAGCGCCGCUGCCCCCGAGCAAGGCGUGUGGCAGCUCAUGCUGGUCACCCUCGUGGCUUAUGUGCUGCUGCCCGUGCGGACGCUGCUGGCGGUGCUGUUCGGCGUGAUGCUGGCUGCAUCCCACUUCAUUGUCAUAGCAACGUCGAUCACCGGGAGGAAACAUAAGAUGUGGCGACCGUUGGUAGCCAAUGCAGUGCUCUUCACCAGCGUCAACCUGUCGGGUGUGUUUGUGCGGAUCGUCACUGAGCGCACUCAGAGGAAAGUCUUCCUGCAAGCUUGCAACUGCAUCGAGGAGCGGCUCAGGCUCGAGGACGAGAACGAGAAACAGGAGCGUCUGUUAAUGAGCCUGCUGCCCAGGAAUGUUGCCAUGGAGAUGAAGGAGGAUUUUCUGAAGCCGCCUGAGAGGAUCUUUCAUAAGAUCUACAUCCAGCGUCAUGACAAUGUCAGCAUUCUGUUUGCCGAUAUUGUGGGUUUCACCAGCCUGGCUUCCCAGUGUACUGCACAGGAACUGGUCAAGCUGCUUAACGAACUCUUUGGCAAGUUUGACGAGUUGGCGACAGAGAAUCACUGCAGGCGGAUAAAGAUUCUCGGGGACUGUUACUACUGCGUGUCAGGCCUGACCCAACCCAAAGCAGACCACGCCCACUGCUGCGUGGAGAUGGGCCUGGACAUGAUCGACACCAUUGCGUCCGUGGUGGAGGCGACCGAGGUGGACUUGAACAUGCGUGUCGGACUGCACACAGGACGUGUGCUGUGCGGCGUGCUGGGACUCAGGAAGUGGCAGUAUGACGUCUGGUCAAACGAUGUCACGCUGGCUAAUGUGAUGGAGGCCGGCGGCCUGCCUGGCAAGGUGCACAUCACCAGGACCACUCUGGAGUGUUUGAACGGAGACUACGAAGUGGAACCGGGCUUCGGCCAUGAGAGACACGCCUUCCUCCAGAAACAUCACAUCGAGACCUUCUUCAUCGUGCCGUCUCACAGACGUAAAAUUUUUCCAGGUUUGAUUCUGUCAGACAUCAAACCAGCCAAGAGGAUGAAGUUUAAGACUGUGUGCUACCUGCUGGUGCAGCUCAUGCACUGCAGGAAGAUGUUUAAGGCCGAGAUCCCCUUCUCCAACGUGAUGACCUGCGAGGAUGACGACAAGCGGCGAGCCCUGAGGACUGCGUCGGAGAAACUGCGGAAUCGGACAUCCUUCUCUGCCACCGCCGUGCAACACUCACCAGGAACACGAGUCAACCGCUACAUCGGCCGGCUCAUUGAGGCGCGGCAGACCGAGUCCAAGACAUCAGACCUCAACUACGUCACACUGUUCUACAGGAACAGAGACAGGGAGCGCAGGUAUCACCAGGUCUACGACGAUCACUUCAUCAGUGCAGUGGUUCUGUCGCUGACACUCGCUGCUCUGUUUGGCCUUAUCUAUCUCCUCAUGAUUCCACAGGGAAUGCUGGUGGUGCUGCUGCUUGUGUUGUGCAUUUGUUUCCAUGUGGCCUGUGUCAUGUACCUGCACCUCACCAGUCUCCAGUGCCAACCAGGCUGUCUCACCAUCCAGAUCCGAACCGUGCUGUGCAUCUUCCUUGUCUUGCUCACCUACUCAGUGACCCAGGCCUGCGUGGUGGAAUGUGUCCCCAGGGUGAAAGGUGGGACAAAUGACAGCAACUCUGAGGACGUCCCAGCAGACACGCGACUCGCCAACAAUACGCCAGUGGAACGAGCAUGUUCCAACACAGCGUACGCCCUGUUGUCAUGCGUGGCCGGCACGCUCACCGUUGUCCCGUACCUCCGAGUCUCCUCGCUCCCCAAGAUCAUCCUGCUCCUCCUCCUCUCCAUUGCCUACACUGUUGUCAUGGAAACCAGCGGCUAUCGUCAAGCUGUGGGUGGAGGGUUUUUCCACACUCGGGGAUAUGAUCCAAUUCUUGCUGUGUUGCUGUUUUGUGGUGCUUUAACUCUACAUUCACGACAACUUGACCUGAAGCUGAAACUUGAUUAUCUCUGGGCAACUCAGGCUGAGGAGGAGAGAGAUGACAUGGAGAAGGUGAAGCUGGACAACAAGAGGAUCCUGUUCAAUCUGCUGCCGGCUCACGUGGCUCAGCACUUCCUCAUGUCGAACCCCAGGAACAUGGACCUGUACUACCAGUCCUAUGCUCAGGUUGGAGUGCUGUUCGCCUCCAUCGCUAAUUUCAAUGACUUCUAUAUCGAGCUGGAUGGGAACAACAUGGGCGUGGAGUGUCUGAGGCUUCUCAAUGAGAUCAUCGCUGACUUUGAUGAGCUGAUGGAUAAAGAGUGUUACAGAGACAUCGAGAAAAUCAAGACUAUUGGCAGCACGUACAUGGCUGCAGUCGGGCUGGUUCCUACCACCGACUCCAAGGCGAAGAAGUCCAUCACAUCACAUUUGUGCACAGUGUCCGAUUUUGCCAUCGAGAUGUUUGAUGUCCUGGAUGCCAUCAACUACCAGUCAUACAAUGACUUUGUCUUGAGAGUAGGUAUCAAUGUUGGGCCAGUGGUUGCAGGAGUGAUCGGAGCCAGGAGGCCUCAGUACGAUAUUUGGGGAAACACGGUGAAUGUGGCCAGCAGGAUGGACAGUACCGGAGUCCAAGGCAAAAUACAGGUGACAGAAGACGUCUACCGUCUCAUCACAGACUACUACGACUUUGUGUGUCGCGGGCAGGUCAGCGUGAAGGGCAAAGGUCAGAUGCUCACCUACUUCCUGGAGGGCCGCAGGAAGAGUGGCAUACCGUCUCAAACUCAGCAGCAUCCCAACGCCGAACGCCGGUCCAGCGCGUUCAACCAAGGCAGCGUGUGCACCAGGUUAAGCCCUGCCCCCACCGUGACAACCUAUGCGACCAUCAGGAACCUGAGCCCUAGUGCAGUGAAACCAACCACCAGCACCACCAGAUACUUGCCUUCUGCCCCCACAGCAAUGGUUUGAUGGACAUGUUUCCUGUCUCCAUGGUGAUCUGAGGAUCCCUGAGGGCAUGAAGCGGUAGCAGCAGUGGAGACGUGACCAGCAGGGAUAGCAAUGGGAGGUCAGUCAAAGGGCAAAAUAAAGACUCGCUCGCCACUCAGCUUCUGCUCUCCAUGGAGCCUUCCUGCCAACCAGAGGAGGCUCGCCUCCUGUGUGGAAAAUUACGAUCCUCCUGCAAUCGGCCGCGGACUCCGAGGCACACUCAAGGCCCGUUUGUCGGGCGUCACGAACAGGAAACUGGACACUUUGCUACAUUGCUGUGCAAUCAUUCCAAGGCCAAGGAUGUCUGCAGAAUUUCAGAGUAGACUCUCGAACUGCAUCCACAUCUAUAACAAACUCAGUAAAUGCACAAAGGAUAGUGUAGCACACACACAUUUGGGAAUUUCUUUAAGCUGACCCUUUCUCGCAGGAUAAAACCAAAUCAGUGCUGUUGCCUUAGCGACCACUCCUCAGAAUGAGUUUCUUAUUUUACGUUGCCUUUUGGAGCAUUUAUUUCUGAUUGAUUAACCCUUCAGAUGUUCUGCAGAACAUAAAGGUGGAUCAAGCCAAAUAUAGAAAUUGUAAAUUGUGUUUGAAUCUUGCUAAAAAUGACAGGCCUUCAGUCACCGAUAGUUACAUUUUAACGGCGCAUGCACACGUUGCGCACAAGGUUAACUUUUGUCCGAGCGGCGUCACCAGGCUGCUCAGUGUCUUUAAUGCAUGAUGCCACUGCUGCAUUUGGGUCGUUUGCUGUUUGUUUCCCUGUGAUGCUUGACUUCCAGAUUCUUCCUUGUCGAAGUGUAGCAAUAAAGCUGUUCCUCACCCUGCAUGCUGUAGCCAGCUGGAUCCUCUUUUGACCUGAUAGUGUAUGUAGCCAAUAGCGUGUAGCGUAGUUUGCCACACGACUCUGUAUCUCUGUUGAACUGAAGCAUGACUUAAAACACUUAUUUUCUGUAUUGUGCAAGUGUGAUUCCUUCUUCACAGCAUUAUAUAGGAAAACAACUUUUCUGUGUUUACGAACUUUUUUGGUUUUUAAAUUGUUAUAAUAUUCAUUUGAACUGUUUCUAUUUUUAUGG